CUCUGGGUGAUGACUUUCGUAUGACAAGUCCAAUGAAUGGGACCUGCAGUAUCAGAACUACAAGAAGCUGUUUGACUACAUGAACUCCCAUCCAAAAAUGAAAGUUGAUAUUAAGUUUGGAACUUUGUCUGACUAUUUCAAUGCAAUCUACAAGAAGCAUAAAAUUGCACCUGGGGAUCCUCCCCCAAACAUACCUUCACUGUCAGGUGAUUUCUUCACCUAUGCUGAUCGAGAUGACCACUACUGGAGUGGCUACUAUACCUCGCGCCCCUUCCAGAAGGUUCUUGACCGAGAGAUGGAACACCAGCUGCGGGGUGCUGAGAUCCUUUUCUUCCUGGUCAGUCGAUACCUUAAGAUACAUGAUGGCAGCAAAUUCCCUCUCAUAGAGUUCAUGCAGAGUCUGGUUAAUGCUCGACGGAACCUUGCACUGUUUCAGCACCAUGAUGGUAUUACGGGGACUUCCAAAGACGUCGUAGUUGACGACUAUGGUGACAGGUUGCUGACUGCUAUGAUGGAGAUGAAGAGACUGACAACAGAAUCCAUCACAUUUUUAAUGAUGAAGGAGAAAAGCAAAUACAGCUACUCCAAAGAAAAACCUAUGUUUAAUGUUGUGAGUUGAAUGACUGCUUUUGAU